AUGGAAGUAGAUAACGACGGCACCUCUGCGCCACCGGAAGAAGAAAAGAAAGACGCGGCGCCGAAUGAGGCACCUCAAGAGCGUGGAUUCGGUCAACCUGACGAGGCAUCAGAAAACCCCGGAUCCAAUGCGAAUGAUGCCGAGCCGCAGUUCAAGGCCGAAGAAGACGAUGGUCUUUUCCUAACGGAACACACUGGAAAGAAGGCGCACACCGGCGACAACAGUCCUGACGAACUAGAAGAGCUGGGCGACAUAGGAAGAAUCACCUCCGUGACAAGUCUAGUCGACAGUAAGCUGGACAUAUCUAUAAAGGGGCCCUUCGGCAAGUGGUAUGCCAUUUAUCGAGAUGGUCCGCGCCAUGCACCAUAUUACCACAUGGGCCGCAUGGCUGAUGAUCAGUUUUCUGAGAGUGGGAAGGCGAACGUGUUCCGUCUUGGAGAAUCGGGCUCGGAGCCACGGAUUCGUCGAGUCAUCGGUUUCGUGGGGUACAAGACAUAUCAUGAUUAUCUUGGCCUGCUCAAAGCCUUGGCCCAGAGGCACUGGCCGGCGGAGAAUGGAA